UCAAAUAGUCCCAACAAUUUUUACUUCUGCUGCCUCCGAAUUCUGGAAGCUCGCUAUUUUAUAUUAUCUUUGCAGACUCGGUCAAACGCACGCUAUGGCGGAAAAGACGAACUCAACGAAGUAUACGCGAAAAACACCGAAGUCCCUGAAACAGGCUGAAAAAGUUGGUCUUCUCGGGAGCAGAAAUUGGGCGCAAACGGAAAUAAUAAAGAUGCUGCAAGAGUACAAAAGAAGAGAGUGCCUCUACGAUCCCAGACACGUGGACCAUCGAAAUAAGAAGGCGCGCCAACAGGCACUCGAUGAAAUAGCGAAAAUCUUAUCUCAAAUUCGACCUCACACCACCGGAAUGGACGUGACAUUGAAAUUUAACAUUUUGAGGACACAGUAUCAGGCGGAAUUAGCUAAAGCAAGGAAAACAGAAGAAGAUGGAAGGGUUCACGUAUCGAGACUUUGGUUUUUGGAUUAUAUUAAAUUCGUGGAAGGAUAUUAUCGUCAAAAAUCGUCCGGUCAGAAGCAAAAAAAAUCAUCGAAUUCCCGGCAGUUCAGGGAGUCAAAUCAAACGCGUUGGGAGGACCAAGCGAGCGUUUCCGGUGAUUGUUUUAUGGACAAGGACGAAACUUACUACGACAACGCGUGCGAGAAAAAGGAAGAGAGCGAAGAUCCUUGGAAGUUCGGGAUAGAAGGUGCACCUACGACGUUCGUAAAAACGGAGAUAGAGCCGGAACCGGAAGAAUCGGAGUCUGAGCAGGUUUCCGAAUACUCCGAAACGGUGAGCGAGGUUAAAUACGACGAGGACGCGGAGGACGAGGGUGAUCGGGAGGAGGAAGAAAAUAGGGCGAACUCCCCGCUAAGCGUAACGGCGACAUCGACGGAAUUAUCGAACAAUAGGAAGAGAAAUCGAACGAUUUCAGCCGACAAAAAUCAGACUCGUAAAACGGAAGCAGAUGCGCCGCAACAGCCGACCGUGAUGGACUACCAGCGCGAUUCGCUCGAAGAGUCCGACGAGGAUCUCUUCGGGCGGAUAGUCGCCAAUAAAUUAAGGAAGAUUAAAAAUCCCAGAAAACGGGCCGACGCCGAAUUCGAAAUAUACCGCAUAUUGCAUUCGGCUAUCGUAGAAGAUCUAGACGAUUGUACGACGAACGAUAGAUCGGUUGGUUAUAUCAAAUCAAAAGUGAUUCGACAAUAAAAUGAACAAAAAAAAAAAAAAUAUACUCAAAAAUUGUUUUGCCAUUCUUAAUCCAGUUACAUGAAUAAUAAAUUUCUCACCUUUUUUUUUUCUGUUUCUUUUUACACAUCCAGGAACAAUCGGUGUACGCUUAUGAUCAAUGGGAAGGUGAGUGGAUAUUUUUCAACGGGAAUGAUAUUAAGUCAUUUAUUUUGCAAAAUAAAUUGACAUAUGUAUAUGACACCGUACCGUUUUCAAAUAGCAGAAAUUAAUGAUCUCCUUUUUUUUAAGAAUUCUUUUUUUCGUCUUUUUACAAUGGUUUUUUCGUUUUUCCCAAUUACUAUAAUAGUGUAAUAAUAUAGCACGACAACAAUAUUACUUUCGUUUUUCGUUCCAUUUUUUACCUGCUUCGAAACGAAGAUAGGAAUGAAAUGAAAGAGAAAAAAAAUUCAUAGAACGACGAUUGACUGAAAAAAACGAUAGAAAAAUUGAAAUAAAAAUCAAACGUAAAAUUACAAAUUUUCCAAAACAUUGAAAAACAUUAUAGCUAAAAGCCUGUAAAUUUUAUAAAUUUAUAUUUUAUAAUAUAUUUAUGCUUGUAUAGUUAUUCGACAUAUUUGGGAAAACUCACUAGCAAAAGUUAACCCCAAUCUUCUCAUUCAUUCCCUAUUUUUCAUAGUAACGGAAUAAAUGUGGGGUAUUUUCAUCCCGACUUUAGUCCGAAAAAAAUGUCGAAAAAUUAAAUUAUUACAUUCCAAUUGUUAGAUUACAACAAGAUAGAGCUUCCACAGCUUUUAUCUUAUUCACCGAAUUCUUACUGCACAGAAUUCUUUGAUAGUAAAAAUCCUGGUGGGGUUUUUCAAAUUUUCUUUUCAUUCAUAUCCAUAGAAUAUAUGCGGAUACGACAUAAUCGUAAUAUUUCUGUUAGUUUUAACGAUUAAUUGAAACGUUACCUCAUGCAGUUUUUGGUUUCCCCCCCCCCCCCCCCCCCCCCUUUUCUCUCUUUCCUUCGUAUAAAUGUUGGAGCUUACAGACUAAUUGUUAAUGUGAAUUACCGCAAAAAUUUAAGCCCGUGAUUCUGACGGGGAAAAUUUCAUAGGUAGUAACUCACACUAAACCCACUUUACUAAACAUACUAACUAAGAUUGCAAUUAAUUGAUCAUCAUAUGGAACGGUUGAGUGAUAGAGCGGUUAAGCUCUGUUGCUUAAAAUUUAAUUACGAACUAUGUUAUGUUAUAUUAUAAUUUAUGUAUCAAGUUACACGUUUACCCACUUGAAUUACAAUAAUAAUAAUAAUAAUAAUAAUAAU